AUGGUCCUAGAAGAACCCGCGGCUCCUAUUCCUCUGCUGCAUGGUGAUCCUUACUACCUGGAGUACCGAACGAGGUACAACCCAAUACCAUUGGACGAUGGAGCUCCUGUACCGACUGAAGCGAUGAACAGAAAGAUAAUACCUUUGAAAAAGAAGAGUUGGAGAAAGAGACUGAGCCAUCUGAAGAGGCCAAACCAUCAGAAGAGAUGGAUCAAUCUGAAAUGUCUGAACCUUUUAAGGAGAGGAUUCUACGCCUCAUCUUCUUCAUUCGUUCGUCAAAUCGAGUAUAGGAACAGAGGGAGCGACGAACAAACGGAACAACGAGAAGGGUCCAAUCUCCGGCGAUGGCUGGUAGCAAGGUCGACGGAAGAAGUUGUGAUCGACAGCAAUGGUGGCGAGAGGCGGCUCCGGCUGUUACUCGUCGCCUUUUCUCUUCUGAUUUUGGCAGGAAGAACGAGGGAGGAAGGGUGUGGGUUUCUCCGGCGACGAAUCAUAGCAGCGAUCAGUCUCCGGCGAGUCCUCGUGUUUCUUCUUUUCUGGCCCGAUCGACAAUCACGAUGUUUCCCCAUUGCUUUUGCAGUUCCGAUCAACAAUAGGAGAAGGAUGUUUGGGUUUGAGCUUCUUUGACAGGAGGAGGGGCUGCUGCUCCUUAGCUCACCAGGAAACCACAAGAAAACCACCUCCAAUGGAGGUAUUCUUGGCUGUGCAUCGAAACAGAAAGAAGGGAGAGAAAGAGUGAGUUUGUGAAUGAUUGUGUGACUUUCCUAUGUGAUCAAAAGCAGAUAUUUAGAAGUUCUUGAGAUCUCUGAAGUACUUGGAAAUCUCUGAAGGAUUGUGUAGGGAGAUACAACGUGUGAGAGGGGGUGAUUGAUAUGGAGAUGUUGAGUAUAUUACUUGUGAUCUUUGUAGGAUUUUGUAAGUACACAACAAAUAUCGUAGAUUUUAUGUGGGUUAUACACACAUGUAUAAGUGAUUGAGUAUUUAAAACAUAUAUCAUUUUAUAGUUGCGUAUUUUUAAUUACACAUAUUAUACACUUAGAUUAUAUGUUUAUGAAUAAUAUAAUGAUUUGGGAA